AUGCACCAAUUACGGCAUCCAUUGGACAACCUGCUCAAAAAGGACACCAAGUUUGAAUGGAAUCAAGAAUGUGAAAACGCUUUCAGCAACAUCAAGCGCGUACUGCAAUCGGCUCACUCCAACCCGGAGCAAGAGAUCAUCGUAGCAGGUGACGCUUCCAAAACCGGAAUCGGUACGGUAUUACUGCAUCGCUUUCAGAACGGUAACAUCAAGGCGGUGUCACAUGCUUCAAGAUCAUUAACACCAGCGGAGCAAAAUUAUAGUCAGAUCGAAAAAGAAUCGCUGGCUUUAGUUUAUGCCUGCACAAAAUUUCAUCGGAUGCUGUGGGGUCGUCAUUUUACUCUGCAAACGGAUCACCAACCUUUGCUGCGAGUUUUCGGCUCUAAAAAGGGAAUACCUGUCCAUUCCGCAAAUCGUCUCCAACGAUGGGCGCUGACGCUUUUGGGACACGAUUUUCAUAUCGAGUACGUGUCAACUCAAGAUUUCGGCUACGCGGAUGUACUUUCCAGGUUAAUCAGCAACCACCAGAAGCCGGAUGAAGAAGCCGUUAUUGCAACGAUAAACAUAGAAGCAGAUGUCAACGUCUCUUUCCACGAUUCUUUCCAACAUCUGCCAGUCACUUACGCCAUGCUGAAGUCCGCCACCAGUAAGGAUGCUGUAUUGAAAAAGGUAAUUUCGUUCGUUCAGAAUACCUGGCCCGCUCGUUGUGAUAGUAUCGACGAUAUCGAAGUACGUAAAUUUUUCAGUCGUCGAGAGUCCUAUUCUCUAAUCGACGGUUGUGUGAUGAUGGCAGAUAGAAUCGUGAUACCAACGCUUUUCCAAAGAAGGAUCCUCAAACAAAUCCAUCAUGGACAUCCAGGCAUUAAACGGGCGAAAGCAAUCGCUCGUGGUAUUGUUUUCUGGCCAACGAUCGACGAAGAUAUCGAAAACUACGUCCGGCGGUGCACAAGCUGCACAAGUGCUGCCAAAUCUCCACCGCAAGCUCAAUCACAACCAUGGCCUCGCGCUGAAGGUCCUUGGCUACGUCUUCACAUCGACUACGCUGGACCUUUGGAAGGAAUGUACUAUUUAGUCGUUAUAGAUUCAUUCUCAAAAUGGCCAGAAAUACUACAAACUCGCUCUCCCACUACUUCAACCACAACAACCUUCCUGCAAGAAUGUUUCUCUCGUUUUGGAAUUCCGCUAGUCAUCGUGUCGGAUAACGGAAGUCAGUUUUCAAGUGCUGAUUUCCGCACCUUCUGCGAAAAGUUGGGAGUCAUUCAUUUCCGAGCGGCUCCAUUUCAUCCGCAAUCAAACGGACAAUUUAUUCUUUGUUAG